GGUGGUGACUACAGUAGGAAAGAGUCUUUUUGACUUGAAAGGACUACCUAAGAUAUAAAUGGAAGAGUACACCUUACUGAAUAAAUCUGAUAUUCAAAAGCUUCAAGGGGAGGGAUGGUGCCCAGCAAUGACUGACUAUUCCCUGAUUGAGGAUCUGACACACCUUGUGGGACCCCUCACUGAAGAGACAGUGGUACGAUGUCUGCAGGCAAAGUUCUACUCACAGAAGUUCCAGUGUAAGCUAGGGCCAGUGAAUGUCUCUCUCAACAACUACCGGUACCGCCCCACAGCCCGCUGUCUGGUGGAGUCAAGUAGACCUACCUCAUUACUGGACAGUCUCGUGAGAGAGGCGGUCACUCAGCACACGGACACUGGUCACUCUCAGGCCAUCAUAUGCAGUGGUGAGAGUGGCAGUGGUAAGACAUUUUGCGCCAUGCAUAUGUUACGCCAGCUGUUUGACCUGGCUGGUGGCGGCUCCGAGACGGAUGCCUUCAAGCACCUGUCUGCCACACUGACAGUUCUCAGAUCUCUAUGUUCAGCUGCCACAGUCACGAACUCGGAGUCAAGCCGAGUGGGCUUCUUCAUAGAGAACUUCAUCACAGAUUCAGCCAUUUACAGAACAAAGAUCCAUUCCUACCUGCUGGACAGGGACAGGGUGUGUUCAGUUCAGCAAAAUGAGAGAAACUACCACAUUUUCUAUCAGAUGUUAGCAGGUCUAGGAUCUGAAGAAAAAGCCAAACUUCACCUGACAGGGUACUCCAUGCAUAACCUUAGCUACCUCAGUCUCGGCAACACUCAUAUCUGGAACGAAAUGGAGGAAAAGUCUCGAUUUGAUGCAUGGAAGAGUUCUUUGGGUGUACUUGGGAUUCCUUUCUCUGAUGUCAUGAGGAUUUUCUCCGCCAUCUUGUUGCUGGGUAACAUAGAAUUUAUGGAAGGCACUGGAAUGGAACUAGAUAUUAUUGGGAACAAUGAAAUCAAGGCAGUGGCAGCAUUACUCGGAGUGUCUGGGGUAGCUCUUUACAGAGGAUUCACAACACGGACUCGAAACACACGAGGUCAGCUGUGUAAAUCACUGGCAGAUGCCAAUACAGCAAAUGCCACAAGAAAUGCCCUUGCAAAAGCGCUGUACAGUCGAACUUUUGCAGCCAUAUUAAAAAGGGCUAAUAGUUUAAGACGACCUAAUAUCAACUCCUCGCUAUCUGGCAGCACAGAGUCAAAUCUUCAUCAUGUUGAUCCAGGAGGGAUGUCUUUCUCAGAGCAGAUGUUUUCAAGAAGUUCAUCCAUUAGGUCUGGUUAUGAGAAAACUAAAUAUGAUGGCUUUAUUAGCAUCAUAGAUAUGUUUGGAUUUGAAACAGCACAGAAAAAUCAGCUAGAGCAGUUUUGUGUUAAUUUGUGUGCUGAGACCAUUCAGCAUUUUUACAAUACACACAUAUUUAAGAGCACCAUGCAGGCCCUGAGGGAUGAAGAUAUUCAGACUGAGGUUGAAGUUCGUUACCUUGACAAUGAACCAAUCUUAGAGCUUUUAACCUCACAGAGGAAUGGAAUUCUUAGCAUUCUGGAUAUUGAGUGUGCUCAACCUAGAAGUAGCGUGGAGAUAUUUACAACAAAAGUAAAAGCUCACCAUAGAGUCAAUAAUUAUUUCUUUGAGCCUUUACCAAAGGCAGAUGGUGUCUUUGGUAUCCGCCAUUUUGCUGGCAGAGUGGUGUAUGAUACCAGUACUUUUCUGGAGAACAAUCGUGACACUCUACCAGAUGAUGUGGUGGCCGUAUUCUCUAAACAGAACUGUAAUUUUGGAUUUGUGUCUCAUCUUUUUGCUCAGGAAAACAAACCAAACACUGGUGAUUUAAGCUCAGGGCCUCAAGGAUUGAAGUAUAGAAUCUUGCCAAAUUCUUCUGACUUCAAGUUGAAUGGAACAAGAGGCACUCUCACUUCUGAUUUCCAAACCAAGCUAGACAAUCUGUUGAGGACUCUGGUGCAUGCCAAACCACACUUUGUCCUCUGCUUAAAGUCCAAUGACCGAGGGGAGAUGGACAUGUUUGAUGGGGACGUCAUCAUCCGACAGCUCAGGUCAUUACAGGUUCUAGAGACUGUCCAUUUGAUGGCUGGAGGAAUUCCCCAUAGAAUGAGAUACAAGUCAUUCAACAACAGAUAUAAGAUAUUCUUUGGUCAUAUGAAGCCUUAUCAACUGGAAACUCAGCAGGACCAGUGCAAGGCCAUACUCAACAGUUUUCUAAAAGCUAUGGAUGAAAGCAAGCUUCCCUACGUCAGCACACAAUGGAUGUUUGGGAAAAAACACCUCUUCUUCAGUGAGGGAACACGGCAGCAAUUAGAGGCAAUGAGAGCAGAGAAAAUCAACAAGGCAGCGUCCAUUAUACAGGCCUACUGGAAAGGUCUACAAUGCCGGAAAAACUGGACAAAGAGGAGAAAGCAGCUUCUGUCAGAUAGGGAGUCAGUUAAAUCCUCUCAAACCAGCUCCACACGGAAAUCAAACAAAUCAAAGAAAAUUGGCAUCAUUAGAAAAGAUGAGAAUCUUCUACAGCAAGCAUCGAAGUAUUACAAUAUAUGUUUGGAGACUGCUCCCUCAGUUCCCCCAAACAGAUCCUACUGUGUAGCCGGGAAAAAUGUCAGGUUAGGAUAUCCUCAUCAUAGGAUCAUGAAGGAUGAUUUUCCAAAGGGACCUGUGAAUGGAGCAGUGCUUUCUCGGGGGGAGGAGGUGGAUGUUGUCGGUCCAUCCUCAAAACGAGGUCACCUGAUUGUGAAAAACAAAGACAUUGUGAUGGAUGUACCAUAUCAUUUACUGGACCUCCAGACUGUUCCAGAACUACCAGCAAUGGACAUAUGACAAUCAAAAACUCCAGAAAAACAGUGCAAUUUUAACAUAAACAGUUUAAUAUUAUGGUUCAGCAAAUAUUUGUUACUAACUUAU